CCAAAUCUACAGAUUGCUUUCGCAAUUAAAUCUGGUACUAAUAGGUUUCGCCUUCCAAGUUCCAAUAGAGAGCGAUGGCGUGGAUGACCCCAGAUCCGUGGAUAAGCCUCCUCGAGGAGGAGGAGGAGGCGUGCGUGAGCGUGAACAAGCGCCCCAAGGGGGAGGAUACAGUGACGAGCGACGGCGAGGGCGAGGCGGCGUGCGCGAACAAGCGACUCAAGGUGGAGGCCACAGUGACGAGCGACGGCGCCGUGGUGCGCCAGCGCCAUGAGGCCGCUGUGGCGGCGAGGGGCUAUGGCGACAGGAUGCCCCUCGUGCCGCAGCCCUUUUUGCGAGUCAGGCAGAUUACCGAGAUGCCGGACCGAUACCGGUUCCUCGAUCGCUUCACCGAUGAGCAGCUCGCCACCAUGCCCGAGAGCCUCCACGCAACUUUGGUGAGAAUUGAGGGGGGCUUCAAGAAGAGUUGGGUUGAAUCUGAGCUCAGGCGCAUGGAGAUGUACAAAAACGUAAUUUGAGAUUUGAGAUCGUAGGUGGCAAAGCAGAGAUCAAGCAGUAGCAUGGAAUUAAUCCAUUUGUGAUCCUCGUAUUGCGGUAUCUUGCUCUGCAGUAUAUAUUGCAAAAUAUAUUUUGUGAAGGUGCACACUUUUGAUUAAGCAAAAAAAUUUGUUUAACCUUAAAUCCUGCUAAGGUGGCUCAAGGUUAUAUAAAAAUAAUGGUUUGAGUUGUCUUUUUAGCACAUUAGAAACUAUACUCCCUCCAUUCCAUAAUAUAAGGCACAACCACUUUUCU